CCUUUUCUGUCUCACUCACUUCUUUUUUCUCCAACAGAUGGAGUGCGACAAUUUCAUCACCGUCCUUCAGAAAGUUAAUGACACAUUCAUAGUAUGUGGGACGAAUGCUGGAAGCCCCAGAUGCUGGAUGCUGGUAAAUGAGACGGUGCUGACAGACGUCCAAGGCGGUGGGAUGAUUGCGCCAGCCUCUCACAUCUCACCUCCCUUCCCUUCGCAGAAGUCAAUCAACUUGCCUGCAGAUGGGAGUCUGUACUCGGCCAUGUCAUCAGUGGGAGGUCACGUCGGCUCGAUUCGUCGUACAUUUGGCUCCCAGAAACUCCUGAAGACAGAAAAUAUUUGGCUGCUGAGUCCUCAGUUUGCUGGAGCAUCCAUAAUCCCUGCCUCGGAAAAGUACAAAGAGGAGAUCUAUUUCUUCUUCACGGAGUUCAACAAGACAGCCCGAGUGGAUGAGGAGCCAUACAGGGCCCGCAUAGGUCGAAUCUGCACGGUGGAUGAAGGGGGCAUCAAAGCCCUCCUGCCAGACUCUUGGACCACCUUUAUGAAGGCUCGGGUGAUGUGUGGUGCAGGCAACACACAGCAGCAGUACAACAACAUGAAGCAGGCUGUGGUCCUGACAGCUCAGGACAAGAGGGCUGGGGUCAUGUAUGGCCUUUUUUCCAACGCAUGGGGAAGAACGGUGGUCUGUGCCUAUUCCAUCGAAGAUAUUGAUCGAGCCUUCUCUAAUUCUAAACUGAAAGGCUACAGCAGCUCAUUCAGUGGCAGUCGACCAGGGAUGUGUGAACGUAAAGGUCCAUCAGCAGACACUCAGAACAACAUCAAAAACCUUGGCGUGAUCAGAUACUACCCUGAAAUAGAGGAUGUAAUUCGGCCGGUUGGUGUGAAUCCACUCGACCUCCCCACAGAUGAUCAAAUCACCCACGCUGUCGCGGAUAUUGUCCUGGCAGUCAAUGAUGAGCAUUACACUGUCCUGUACCUCGGAACAGAUCAAGGCAAAGUUCUCAAGGUUCUUCACACCAUCCAGGAUGUCUUCAUCAUAUCUCAGUAUUCUCUGUUCCACAACGAAGGGCCUGUUCUAAAUAUGGCCAUCGACUCACAAAAGGGUCACUUGUAUGUCGGUACUGCCAUGGAAGUCCAGCGUCUGCCGUUGGCUGACUGCAGGCGCUAUGGCCACACAUGCAGAGAGUGCAUCCUUUCCAGGGAUCCAUACUGUGGCUGGGACAAGGCCAGGAGGAAGUGCAUCGCCAUCCCGCCCGGAUACAACGUCACAACUGGAACUCUUAUUCAGAAUCUCGAUAGUUCCAACUCCUCCAUUUGUGAGGAAGCUGCUGCACUUAAGCUGCGGCAAACUUCGCCCAGAGAGAUUGUGGUGAAGGGCAGAAACACCACCGUGUUUCUGCCUUGCCCCGUUCACUCCUUCCAUGCCACCUACCGCUGGGAGAAGGACAACUGCAAAAGGAACUACCCGUGCCUGUUCUCCGGAGACUUCUGCGUACUGGGCCCGGUUGUUAACACUCCCUUGAAGGAAGGUGUCUUCCGUUGCAUGGCCACUGAGGACGGAUUCAAGGUGGAAGUCGUUUCCUUCAGGCUGGUGAAUGAUGGCAGGCUUAUAUCUGCUUCAUUUGCCUCCACCUUGGGCCUUUCAGCCCUGCUUGCUGUGGUGACCAUAUGGCUUCAUUAACUAUAGCUAACACUGAUGCUAUCUUCUCUUUUGUAGUGGCUCCAACUGACAGGAUAAACAAGGAGCCAUUGUGGGAGUUAGGUUUGCAUUGCACCGGCACUCAUGGUUGAGUUGUGCACCGACAACUGAAUCCUUUUUUUAUUUAGGUUUUUAUCAAGAACAUACUAGUAUAAAAAUGUUUAAACUAUCCUAUCCACCUUAUUAUUGAACAUGGAAGUAUAUGUAGGUCCAGCUUCCGGUUUUUCUGUGAUUCUUUCAUUUCUCCAUUUUCCUGGGCUAACUAACAGCAGCUUGGCUAAACUUGUGAACUUUGUUGUACAUUUCCUAAAAUUGUUGAACAAUCGAAAUGGUAGGUUUAGUUCUGCACCCUCAAACUUUUCACAAGUGGGAUGAUGAUAUGAAGAAGUGACCUCGUUUAACAUAUGAGGACAUUUUUAUCUAUUUGGUGUUGUCACUUGGUGCAGAGAUGGCCAGGUGCUCCUGUGUCGCCGGUAAGGGGAAAUCCUGCAGUCAUGCAGUGGUGAUAUUAUGGAAGGUAGGCUAAUAAAUUGUCAUUUCACUGCAUGCUAACUUACAAGGUGUGUCUUUGUUGUAAUGAGAUUGCAAAUCAGUUUAAUUUUCUGCAAGAAAACCACAUGUGCCCAUCAUCUCAAUUAUUGUUCAUUUAAAUAAUCAUAUUGCAUUGCUACUCGAGUAAAAUUUUGAGAGUCUACCUGAUACGAGUAACUUCAUUGAAUAGAGAACAAACAUGUUUUAUCCAAAGAUGAGGACGACCACGAAACACACCUACAGUUUACAUUAAAGCAAGACUUUGUUUUGUUUCUAAGCUGUUUCUUCUUUUUUCCCCAUCUUACUGCUGAACUUGUGCCAUUUACUGGUGGUGAGUUACAGUAAGGACAGUACUAUAAAGAGUAAAUGUUGUCACUUUACUCUCAGAGCACACUCACACGCAUAUACCCAUACACAUAAAUACACAUACAUACAUGCAUUAUUAUUAUACCUGAAGAAAUAAAUUUGGAAAUAAUGUUAUUCUGCCUAAAUUUGUUUUGCUGUACUUGUGUAUUUCCAUGAAUUAUUUUCAUAUAAAGCUUUAGAAUACCAGAAUUUGUAAAUAACUUUUUCUGUCAGAUAACAUUGUGUUAUGAUCAGUUACUCAGUAUUUCAGAAGCUUUUAUCAAUUCCUUUUUUAGUUAUACUUGAGUCAUUUCUUGGAUGGGUACAUUUUACUUUUACUUAAAUAAUGUGAAGUAGUACUACUCUUACUUAAGUGCAAUUUUUGGGGACUCUGCCCACCUCUGGUUAGCAUAAACAUACAGAACUAGCAAGUUUCUAUCAGCUUGAAUAGCAGUUAAACAUCCCUUAGCUUACCUGCUUGUGCUAACCUCUUUGAUACGUUUCCUUUGAGAGGUCAUAGGGCGCCAAACAUCUACAUCCAGCUCUACAAAGUGGUUGUGACUUAACGACUUCUGCUCCAAGUAUCUCUUUCCUUUGAACCAGUUAUUCUCAAAGCCAUAAUGUUAAGUUAGUUAUUAUGAAGACGGUGAACAGUGAGUUAACUAGCCAGCGACCGGAAAAGCCUGACCAGAAGUCCCACACACACAAAAAAAAAAAAAAAAAACACACCAUUCGUGUCCAUAUUUCUGUUCGAAAUAAGGUGGAUAUCUUGGUCAAAAAAAAUAACAAAUCUACAGCUGUAGCUGAUUGCAUGAGAUUAAAACUGUAAAAUUCAGAACUUUGCUGACUAAUAAUGUAAUUCAACCAUGAUGUGGUGCUUUGCGAACCUUCCUUCUCUUACUAAAAAGAUGAACAUAUCCAGUGAGUUGGGCAAAAAAAACACCAAUACCAGGCCAAUUCUUUUAAACUUUUCUCUACAUAUUUUGAAAUUACCUUGAUUGUGCUUAUUUGUGGAUAUGUAAACCUUUAAUAAUGCUCUUGCAUCUCUUCAUUCCUCUUGUUCAAAUUUAUUGUCUAAGCUCAUUGGAACCUAAAAAUGUCUGGUAUUGAGAUUUUAAAAGCCUUAAUACUUUUGCGACAUGGACUCCUAAGCACAAUUUUGCAGUUGAGGCUGAAAACUGCAGACUCAGUUGGACUUGGGGAAGUGUUCAGUGCAGCUGAGUCUAACAAUGUGGCUGGGAGGAAGUGACAGCUUUUAGAUGGAAAGUAGGCGGAUGGGCCUCGAACAUCACUGUGUCUCAGCACUUCCUCCUCAGACUGGGCAGUUUCUAGCAAUGUUUCAGCAGAUGGUUUCAAACAACAUAACUUCGCCUUGUUCACGGCUUCGUGCAUUGUUCUUUUCCUUCCAUCAUGCCAUCAUCUCUCAUUUAUCCUGUCCCUCAUAAUCUGUGAUAUUCAAUUAAAUAUCAUUCUUAUUUAAAGUUAGGUCCAGAGAUAAUGAUCUUUUUAAGUGGAUGGUGGCAUGUCAUGACCACAAUCCAUAUAUGUACAUCAAAAUUGGGAAAUUAGAACAGAUAGCUGCUGGUCAAAGAGGAGCAGUUUUCUUUUAAAUGAAAAAUAAUUUAUUUUUACCAGACCAGUGGCGGUUUUUGAUAUGAGUGAAAUUGCUCUUUGCCCAGGUUAACCUUUUGUCGCGAAGAAGGUUGUCCUGUUCUGUUAGUUGCACCCAGAUUGAGUUUUUAUUGUGUAUCUGCAUGUCAAUGGGGAUUGUUUGCCCUCCUACGUUGUGCACAGUUUAAGCACUGUGAGUAAACAUGGCAAUGCACCACAGCCAGUUGAUGAUGUUCAGCUCCAAACUAAAGGGCUAUAUCACUGUAUUUUCCUAACAACCUGAAAUCUUCUGUCUCGUUCAAAUCUGUUUUGACCUACUGAUUUUUAAAAAUACUAACAUAAGUGCCGAGUCUUCAAAAGACUGACUUAAUUGGUGAAACUGUACUUUUAAACAAUAAAAUAUGGCAAAAAAAAUGUGGGAUUCAUAGCUUUCUCAAAAACAUAGUUAAAUUCUGUUCCUGUGUCAUGCAACAUUUAUGCAAAAACCGCCACUGUACCAGACAAUGCCUAAAGUUGUGAGCAAGACGGUAUGCUAUAAUAAUUUCAGUAAAGAUGCUUAGAUAAACACAGAAACAGUUGAAACUAAGUGAAACCAUUUAUUUCACAUGCAUUUUAUAGGUUUCCAAGAGAAGAAAAGAGAAGGCUUACCGACUGACAAUGUCUUUUGAAUAUUUUUUUUCUCUGCAAAUGCUGAUUUCUACCAUUGCUGCCUACAUAUAUAAGCAUUUGUUUUGGUAAUUUGUUGAUUUGAACGUGACACCUGACCACAGGACCUAUAUUUAUAUAUUUGUAUUUUAAAUCUCUGAAACAAAAGGCUUCAGUAAUUCAAAGAAGAUCAUUCCCUGGUCUGGUAAUUUCAGACCAUUUACUUUAAUUGCGUGUAAGGCCUUCACAGUUGUGCUUAUCAGGGCAUCACAGAUGAACAGGAGCAUUUUCUAUCGGGAACAAGAGGCAAGGUUUAAAUCCAAUCACUGCAGCAUCAUAUUUAAUUUAAUUUAAUUUAAUUUAAUUUUUAUGACCGUGGACAAAAAUGGUGAAAAAGAUAGAUUGGAUUAUAUUGCUAUUAAAUACUAAAACAUACUAUUAAUCAUAAACCUUAAAAUAUCAAACACUGUGCUAAACCUUAUAUGUACUGAUUGUCUGACUAAGUAAAUAUUUUUUCAGUGAUGAAUUAUGCAUUGGAUUAACAGGUCCUCCAUUGAGGCAAUGGAGUAUUAUCAUUGACUAAAGGUACACGAAUCUGUCUGAGAUCAGCCUUCCACAGUGGUAGAAAUGUCAUUAAAUGUUAAUCAGACAACAGAGCCAGCCUGUCAUGCUUUCUAUUGAAGAACUUAUUUUAGGCCAUUAGAGAUGUGGGCUGCAAUCUUCUUCUCCACUGUGAAAAUGCAUGUGUGUGACACAGCAUUGUGUUCUUCAUUUAGCUGCGUGCAUUCUGCUGUCCCCAGAUGUGAGCCACUGACUGUGACACAAAAGGGUAAAAAAAAGGGAAAGCAAGGCAUCUAUAAAAACUGUUCACUUGGUGCUUUUUGCUUCAUUUAUGUUCAUUUGAAAACUCCCUCCUUUCUUACGACAAAUAACAAAUUGUGUCUGAUAAAACCCAAGUACUACUAGAACAUCGAUCUUCCUUACAGGCAAACUCACGAAUAACCACUUCAGGUUUAAUGGUAAUCCUGUGUUUUUCUUUGUCAGCACCAUGGUGGGAAACUCACUCUAGCCUAAAGCCAAGUGCUACUCAACAUUUAAUAAAGGCUGUUUUACUCCAACCUGCCGCAGAGUUUUGGCGGAAAAUAAACAAAAAUCAUGGAUUUGCUUGAGGCAAUUUUACAAAUAACCUCUUUAUACCGCAAUUUUAACUGCUGAUUGCUGUAUGUUUAUGUGAUUAGAUUAGAGAUGCUGUUAUGACAAGACGCAGAGUAAAGUGGGAUAUGGGAUCCAACUUGGUGAUUGAGCCUGGUGGCAUGAAUGUUCAUGUAUCCCAAAACUGAUUAUUAACAAAGAAAAAAAAACAGCUUACAUAAGGAAAAACCUACUUAAAAGUAACCACUCCCUUCUAUUAUAACAAAACAAGUGAAAGUCAAAAGAAAUAUAUUUAUAACAAUAUGUGGUUGAUAAUUUAUUAGUGUUUUCAUUUGGGAUAACAAAGCUUUUUUUUUUUUUUUUUUUUUUUUUUUUUUUCUUUUUAAACAUUUGAACAGGACAUAUGGGCAUCAAAUAUUCUAAGACAAAUAUGCAAAUAUGAACUAUGUCGUUCCAAACUGAAAUACUCCUAAAAAUUGACAUUUAGUUUAUCGAAGGAGGCUAUGCUUUAAAUGGCUUUAUGGCCUUUCAAAUAAACCAUAUGAGAUUAGAUAAGAUUUAGCUGUCAUGCAGAUUAUUAGUGUACAAUAUUAAGAUUUAUAAAAGGACAAUUCAGCUAAUGGUUGACACUAAGUGACUUCUCAACCUGUUUUUUUUUUUUUUUGUCUCCAGUUCAAACCAGAGCCACAAAAAAAUAACAAUUUAUAUAGAGUCCAAGUCCAUAAUAAAAACCAGUACAUUUCCUCAGUAUUACAUCAACAGUAUUACCUCUUUGUCUCCAGUGACAUACCCAGUACAGCAGUAUCUGCUUUUUUCCACGUUGACGAAAAAUUAGUUCAUUCUGGAUAGUGUUAUGUUUCCAAAUACUUAUGAGUCCUACCUUAAUAAACUAAAAUCACAUUCCUGCUGCCAAUGUUUGCUAAAUUGCUAGGCUAAUGCUAGCAUGUUUCUUUGGUAUUUUGGUAAUUCAGCUCAUAACAUUACAUGAUGGUGUACACAAGGAAGACUUUGGGGAAAAAAAUGGUGUUUUUUAACUGAACACUUUGCUUUAAGCAUUUUAAAAUUCUGGGUUUUAUCUGCAGCUGUCCUCCAUACUUGUCUAAGCACACUGCUCAGAUCAGGUCACUUGGAAAAAUAUGAAAAAAAAAAAAGAAAAAAAAAAGCUGCAGUAUUUCUUGCACUGUUGAAAAGUCAACAUAACAUAAUGUGUCAGGUGUAAAAUAUUUUUUUUCUGUCCUGCACACAAUGUUCGGCUGUAGUUUUUGAAGGAUAGCUGGGUGACCACAUGGCUAGUUGUAACUAUCACAGAAUCCAUUAGAAGCAGUCAAUCAUUGUGAUCAGAGUUAAGUAAGCAACUCCAAUACUAGUCAUUUAACAAUACCAGAAACAGGAUUAGAUUAAAACAUCCCUACUUCGUAGGUGAUGGUACUGAAAGUAGAAUAAUGAUGUACAAACACACUUUAACUACAGAAUGACUGCUCUCAGUGUCCAUUUAAGCUAACGAGUAACAAAUGAUAAUUUGAUGCAUUAAUGAAUAUUAAUAAUUAUCAAAAAUACCUUAUAUUCUUUAUAUAAAAACAUUCCUAUUAGAGUGUCUUAUAAUUUACCAAUUUAUUUAGUUUUUGUUUUUAAAUAUAUUAUUGUAGUCAAGGGAAAACUUUGUGUAAAAUGUUUGAAUUAUAGUUUUGUGUUAACAUUAAUUACAGCAAAAUUGUAAAAAUAUAUUUUAACUACAGAUAUGAAGUAAAUAUAGUAACUCAAACCUGUAAAACUACCACAUAAGAGGAUCUAUUAUUCAGCUACAAGUUCCCUUCUAAUACAUGCAGAAUGCUACGUACAAUUGAGGCGUUAACCUUCUGCUUCUACUGACAGUUUUCAGUUUCCCAGCAACUGUUGGUAGACGAGAAAAAAAUAAAUCAACAUUGUAUAAUAUGAAUUAUCAAAAAUGUCAUGUUUGAAGCCAAUACUACUGCUUACAUCUUUAGUUUAGGAAUCAGGAUACAUGGUUUGUUUGCUCAUAUGAAGGAAAGACAUGAUUUGAGGGUGGAAUCGAUUCUCCAUUGAUCAUUGUCCAACAUUUUUAUUCACCCAGAAUAUUUUAGCACUUGUUUAAACAACACUGUUUAAGAUUUACAGAGUUUCUUGAACUUGCUGUCAUCAAUCAAGCUAAGAAGAUCAUCUGAGUCAUUGCCUUGAUAUGGAUUUUGGCAGUUGCUACAUUCAGAUUACGUUAUCGCUUUUCUGGCAUCUGUAGUUGUCAGCCAGUUGGCUAAAUGCUAAUCUCCUUCAAAGCAGGCUUUUGAUUUUCAAUAGGGGCAGAAUUGUGGUGGAUCCUGUUAUCUGUUGUAAAUGAAUCAGACUUGUAGGCGGGUUGCUUUUUUGUUUGCUGUGGGGCUUUUGAGUGUCAAGUACUGUACAUGAUGUGUGCCCAUGAUUCUGUGUCUUGGUAGAUUUACUUUUAAUAGCAAUGUGCCAAACUCUACUAUAU